AUGUCUGCUGCACCAUAUCUUCAGAGCAAGAAGAUGAAGCGGGAGGAUCUCGACGUCCUCAUCGAGAUCCUGUCGCGGGUGCCCUACACAUCGCUCUUCCACUUCAAGCGCGUGUCCAAAGAGUGGCUCGCCCUCUGCUCCGACCCCGGCGUCCGCAAGAGGUCGCCGCAGACCUUGUCCGGCUUCUUAUACUUCAACCUCGGCUGGCGUUUCCAGAAUUUGUCCGGGUGGAGCCCUCCCAUCAAUUGCCGGACCACCUUUCGCGUUUCCGAUGUAUAUGGCCUGUCCGCGGCCAUGAUCUUCUCAUCGGAAACUGGAGGGUGGACUUCCAUGCAGAGUCAGUGCGACGAUGGCAGUACAUAUCGGGUCAGUGAUUUAGAAAGCACCUUCCUGAAUGGCAUUAUGCAUCUCCCUACUCGAUCUUCGUCAAUAGUCACAGUGGACCUGAAAAGGAAUGCUUGGAGGAAAAUUAAAAUGUCACCUGGCAUGACAAACAACUAUGGCAGUGCUUCCAUUGGGCAGUCACAGGGACGCUUGUCUGUUUGGGAAGAGGGUCAAGAUGGUUGCCAGCUCUCUAUUUGGGUUCUUGAAAAUUAUGAUAGUGGACAGUGGACCCUAAAGUAUACCAUUAACUGUUUUGAACUGCUUGGAAGGGAUUGUUGCAAAAACAACGAGUACCACUCGAUGUUUGCAAUUCAUCCAGAAUGUAAUUUGAUUUUCCUUACUGAUGGUAAUGAAAAGAUGUUAUCAUACAACAUGGAUAAUCAGAAAGUCCAUGUUAUCUGUGCUUCUGAAGAUUUCUUCAUGGGUGUGCCACUCUGCCUACUGCCUUAUGUACCCUGUUUUGAGGAAUGGUCAUCAAAUGGUCAGUGA